GCAGUGUGUGAAUGUGGCAACCGAGGUAGACAGGGAGGGGUACAUAGGCUGGCCAGACCCAGGCUCUUGUCUUUUUUCCUUUAUUUUUCUUUUCUCGCAUAGCUAAGUGUUUACAGUUCGUGCACCGCCGCGGUUGUGAAGUUGUUUACGGGGCAGAAAACCCGGUCGCUGCUGCUUUUCUCUGGGACUAACCGCUGUCGUUGUGAAAACAGUCCAGAAGAAAGAAGGAAAGGGAGAAACAACAUGGGGCGAUAAUAAAAAAAAUAGGUGUUUUGUUGUGAGCGGACGAUGACUCUCUGGGAGGACCCGUGAAGCUUAUUUAUUUUUAUUUAUUCCCCCCCCCCUUCCUUCUUCCCUCUUUCCCUGUGUCCGCUUUUGUUUUAUUUUUUUGUAACAUUUCCCCUACCCCCUGCCAGUUUGGGAGAUUUUUUUAAAGGAAAAGGUAACAAGAAGAUUGAAGAAAUGGACCAAGCCGGCAUCCUGAGAAAGUUUAUCCAGGGGGUGAAGGCCAUGAGCGAGGGGAACGAUGAGAGGGGAGAGGAUAACUUCGGCAGCGACUUUAUGCGGUUACGACGGUUAUCUACCAAAUACCGGACAGAGAAGAUCUACCCGACCAACAUAGGGGAGAGAGAGGAGAAUGUGAAGAAGAACAGAUAUAAAGAUAUCCUGCCAUUUGAUCACAGUAGAGUGAAGCUGAAGCUAAAAACAACCAAUCAGGACACAGAUUACAUCAAUGCUAACUUCAUUAAGGGUAUGGAUGGCCCAGAGGCCUAUAUUGCAACUCAGGGUCCACUGCCGAACACUGUCAUCGACUUCUGGAGGAUGAUCUGGGAGUACAACGUAGCUGUUAUUGUGAUGGCUUGUCGAGAGUUUGAGAUGGGAAGAAAAAAGUGUGAGCGGUAUUUCCCGAUGCAGGGGGAGCAGCCUAUGAGCUUUGGCCCUUUCAGAAUCUCCUAUGAAUCGGAGCAGGCCAGAACAGACUACUUCAUCAGGACUUUGACAGCACAGUAUGAAAAUGAAUCCCGUAGGAUAACGCAGUUCCAUUAUAUGAACUGGCCGGAUCAUGACGUCCCCUCAUCAUUUGAUUCCAUUUUGGAUAUGAUUGGGCUGAUGAGAGAAUACCAAGAGAACAAUGAUGUCCCAAUAUGUGUACACUGCAGUGCAGGCUGUGGGAGGACAGGAGCUAUCUGUGCUAUUGACUACACAUGGAACCUCCUCAAAGCCGGGAAAAUUCCAGAAGAUUUUAAUGUAUUCCGGUUGAUCCAAGAGAUGAGGACACAGCGACACUCGGCUGUUCAAACCAAGGAGCAGUAUGAGCUGGUUCAUAGAGCCAUCGCUCAACUGUUUGAGAAACAGCUACAGCAGCUGGAGAGUCCCACCAGCACACAGAUCCAUGAUGGCAUGGAUGAAAGCAGUCCUGACAAAGCAAGCAACCAAUUAUCGGAUGAUACGUGGGACACUCCACCUCCAAAACCUCCCCGCAUUCGCAGUACGCAGGUAGAAGGCGAUGUAAAGGAAGAGAUCCUCCAACCCCCAGAGGCUCACCCCGUACCACCCAUUCUGACCCCAUCUCCUCCGUCAGCCUUCCCGACUGUCACGAACGUGCGACAGGACAAUGACCGCUACCAUCCCAAACCCGUCAUCCAUGUCCUCGCUACUACGCAGCACAACAUGACAGAGGAUAAGAACACAGACCAGCAGCAGAACCAACUAGAGCCCAGUCCAAACAAACAGACCAGUCCUUCAGAGCAGAAAGAUCAAGAGCUACUAAGCCGAAAACAGCAGAGUCAGGUCUCAAAUCUGGAUCUCAAUGACAACUACAACAACAAAAUGUCUUCAAAGUCAGAAUCAGGCCAAAGCCAGACUCAGACCCCAUCCUCGCCCCUCUCCCCAGCUGUUGAUUGUUCUGGUGCUCCUCGAAUUGAGAGGAAGCUCAGCAUUGAGAUUAAAAAGGUGCCACUGCAGGAAGGACCUCGCAGCUUUGACACCUCCUCGUCGAUGGGAGUAGCCGGCGGACAAGGCUCCAGUUCUAGUAACAACAGCUGCGCACUGCAAAGAAGUCACGCAUUUAAAGCUCGCACUGGUCAGUCCCUUCUGACGUCCAGCUCCUCUCUGUCAGAGGACUCCGGCACAGAGGGAGGAGCUUGUGGAUGUGGAGAGAGUCAAGCAGAUGGAGGCAGCCUCGCCAGGCCGAACCACCUUCCUGUAAAGAGUGGAGAGAAGGUGGAGAAGCAUGGAGGGGAUUUGAAAGCCGGCCACGCAGCGUGGACUCAACACAGCAACAGCCCGGACAAACAGUACCCCAAGACCACCUCCUCUUCUUCCUCCUCAGACCGUGUGGCUCCAUCCUCAUCCUCCUCCUCCCACCUCUCCUCUUCCUCCUCCUCCUCCUCCUCCACACCUGUUAGGACUGCCCUGAGUUUCACCAACCCCCUGCACUCUGACAACUCGGACGAGGAGGGGAAGAUGUCCGAGGAGAUGUCCGGAGGAGGAAAGGAGGCUUUCCGUACAAGUGUAUCCACAGCGACUGCCACCGUAACGGCAUCCUCUCAACAUGGAGACCAGCAGCCGGUCAGAAAGGUGUCGCCGAUGUCAAUUGCAGGGCAGAUCACACCAACGGUCUCUCCAUCCAUAGCAAACUGCUGGGACAGCGAUGACUCCCCUCCCCCUCUCCCCGAGCGAACCCCUGAGUCCUUCAUACUGGCCACAGACCCUUUGGAAGCGAAAACAUCAGCUUCAGCCGAGUGGAGUUCACAUAAAGAUGCGUCUGACUGUGCGACGACCUCUCCAGCCGACCUUCCAUCUGCUGGCACCACAACAAGCAACAACAGCAAGCCAGAGCUGGGUGGGGUUCGGUAACCGCUGCAUUCAGCCCAAAGGUCCUCGAAGACCCCCCCUGGAGUGGACAUGAUGGAACAGUCCAGCUGCCCGUCCACCACCACUGUCCUCCCUUGUCAGGAGAUGGGGUCUACCGACCUCACCUGGCUGGUCCAAAAACCAAGAUGAUAGAUGCUACGCAUUUCAUAGAAACACCUUCUGAGUGACUGUUUGCCAGUACCCUCCUCUUCCUCCUCGGUCCUCCCUGCAAAGUGCCACUGUGCCGAGCAGGGACAGUCAAGAGGCUAGAAUGUUCUCCUCAGCUUGCUGAUCUUGGCAGGUUUGACUACUCUAGAUGCUGACCUGGGAUCAGUUUGGUUUUUUCCCUGUUUUAAUAAAGGAUAAUUCCUGUGGGGUUUUUUUUUUCCCUCACCUUUUUUUUUUGUUUUGUUUUGGGGUUUUUUUUGGGGGGGGGGGGGG